AUGCUAGCCCUCGACGACGUCGUUCCGGUGCCGCAUAUCAAUUCCGUUCAUAACAUAAACGCUAACAAUUGCUUCCUCGCUCUAUCUUCCCUUCCGAGCGGGCUCGCAGGACCGGCGUGCGCCAGGAAAAAUUAUCAGGUCGCAGAUUGCGUGCAGCGAUGUAAAUCCAGGUGGGGUUGGACAGGCAGCCUCAUGGGCUCUGAUCCUUGGGGACCAGUCGUCAAGAAGAUGGACGCUUCGAAGGACUUGAACGCGAUCGUGGCUCAAGCCUGCGGCAGCGAGGUUCCAUCCACCACAACCUCCUCCACGAGCGCGCAUGCGACCAGCACGACUUCGUCGACAGAAGCCGUCAGAACUACGUCGACCUCCUCUACCUUCACGCGUUCGAUCACGACUGCAGUUUCUUCGUCCACCUCUUUAUCGUCUUCGACUUCAUCCUCGGUGUUGUCGACCUCAUCAUCUUCUGCCCCGUCUACGACUACUUCUACCUCUGUAGCUGCCCAAGGCUUUGCCGCGUCUUUCAGGCAGCCACAGCCAACGACGUCAUCCCCACCGCCUCCCCCAACCACGACUCGCAGAACUACCUCGACCCCAGCACCUCCUAGAACUACCCCGACUCCAACCCCGACUCCCGCAGCAGUUGUGCCUCCCGCUAACACUGGAAGCGGCGGAACCUCCGCUGCUGACAUUCAAGCUUACCUCGCGGGACACAACACCGUCCGUGCUCAACACGGUGCUGCUCCUCUCACUUGGAACGACAAUUUGGCUAGUAAGGCUCAAGAAUGGGCAAAUGGAUGCCAAUUUAAGCACUCUGGCGGAGCUCUUGGUGCUUUUGGAGAAAACUUGGCAGCUGGAACUGGUUCCAGCUACAGCAUCGCCCAGGCUAUUAAAUCCUGGACGGACGAAGUUGUGGAUUACAACCCGAACAACCCGAGCCCAUCUCACUUCACGCAAGUGGUCUGGAAAGGAACCACCCAGGUUGGAUGUGCGGUCCAAAGUUGCUCUGGAAUCUUUGAGGCCCGCUUCGGGCCUGCCAAGUAUUUCGUUUGCGAAUACUCUCCUCAAGGCAACAUCAUUGGCCGUUUUGGUGAAAACGUCCAAGUCUAA